GCUAUCGGCGUAGACGCAACUGACAAAGGUGCAGACAAACACUGAACUACACCAUACUUAACCCAUCAACGUUCCACCUUCGUCUUUCUUCUCCAUCCUCUUCUUCAUCCUCUUCUCAAUCUACACCCAUCUCCAUCUCAAUCUAUCCAUCCAUCCAUCACCAAACAAUGGACACCCAAAUCCCCCUCCUCACCUACCUCCAAACCGCCCUCCCACGCCUCCCCAAAACCCCCCUCCCAGAACGCGAUCACUUCCCCACAGACGACUACAACCCAACCGCCAUCACCACCACAACCCCCUGGACCGACUUUACCCUUACCACCAUCCUAGCCCGAUACGGCGAUGUCCUCAGAAACGCACGUAUCCAGAGUGAUCCCUUUGCUUCUUCCCCGCCCCGCUCGAUACUGUGCUAUUCAGUCCUGAGGGCGAGGGUGUGGGACUUUGUGCAUCCGCGUGUGAGGAGGGGUUUAAGAUGUGGGAUUGAGUAUCUUUCUACCGAUGGAGAGCAGGCGGGGAUGGUGCCGUUGUGUUUUGAUAUCGACGCCGAUGAUAAAAAAGCGCAUACGCCCGAUGCGGGAUAUUUCGAUUCGCGGGCUCUGGUUGGGGAAGCGCCGAAUCGGGCGCCGGGGGUAUAUGUACCUUCAUGGGUUUGGGGGUCUGAUAUGGUUACUGCUGCGGCUGAGGGUGAGGAUGAGGCUGGUGAGAAUGCAAAGGCGAUGUAUUAUGCCGUUCUGAGUCGUGUGGCGUUUUACAUGGAAGAGAAUGGCGCGAAGUACGGGUUUGUACUUACGGAUGAGGAGCUGGUGGUUGUGAGGUUGGGGGGUAGGCUGGGGGAGAUGGAGGUUGGGGAGAGUGUGAAGUGGGGAGUUGGAGGGAGUGAUGAGGAGCCGGUGAUGACGGUGCUUUUGGGAUUGUGGUAUUUGGGGAUGAUUGCGAGUGAGUAGAUUAUCUGUAUUGUACAUGUGGUAGGCUAUGCUUUGGAGAGUGUCUUCUUUCGCUGUUUCACCAUGUAGGAAUACAUCAUGACAGCACCUGUGCAUGUUAGAUGGAUGUGAAGAUAAAUUGGCAAUAUCAGACUCACCAGGGACAUAUAAACCCAGACAGAAAUAAAAGAUGCCCUCUGCAGUCGAAUUACUCGUCGACUCUGCAGCCUUGAACAUCAUCCACCAUUCGCCACCGAUGCCAAUGGGAUAGAGGACGAAGAAGAGGGUGUACCUAUACCAUUAGUAUUGAUUUAGAGAAGAAGAAGGAAAC